AUGUUAUCACGGUUCUCCUGCCGCAGUAUUUCUACCGCCUUUUUGGCAACACGCAGAGCUACAACAUCAUUCACUGAUAAGAUCGAAAUUGCAUCUCCUAUCGAAGGAAAAGAGCCCAAAAUAUGCAGAUUAGAUGAAGCCUUUAGUCGGAUAAAAUCAGGUGACAACAUCUUCAUUCACGGAAUAGCUGCUACCCCAACUCCUUUGCUGAAGGGUCUUUGCGAACAUGUGAGGGCGAAUAAUCUGAAAGACAUCAGGCUGCACCACCUGAUCAUAGCCGGAGAAGCACCAUGGACAGCACCUGAUUUAAAAGAUCGGAUGCGUUCUAACUCCCUUUUCACAGGUGAAAGCCUCCGGAAAGCUGUUAACGAAGCUAUGAUGAACAAAAACAUGCCGAGGACGUUUGGUGACAGCGUGAUUCAUUCAUCACAUAUCGAUGUGCUCGUCGAAGACAAUUCGUUCCAGCUCCACGAACUACUUGCCGAUGAAAUACACGAAGACGAACAUAAAAUUGGAAAGCUUAUCGCCGAGAACUUAGUGGAGAAUGGUUCAACACUUCAAAUGGGUAUUGGUGCCGUACCGGAUGCCGCACUGGAUGCUUUGAAAAACCACAAAGACCUCGGUAUUCACACGGAGAUGUUCUCAGAUCUUCGUCCUGGCAAGCUUGUUGUGUCGUUCGUGUAUGGUAGCAAAAAGCUGUACGAUUACUUGAACAACAACCCAGCAGUCGAAUUCGGCGAUGUCCAAUGGGUCAACGAUCCCGCUAUUAUCAGGCAGAACCCUAAGGUCGUCGCAAUAAAUUCAGCAGUCGAGAUCGAUCUCACUGGACAAGUGGUGGCCGACUCCAUCGGUAAGCGGUUCCUGUCCGGUUUCGGUGGCCAAGUGGACUUCAUCCGUGGAGCCAGUAUAGGCAAUGACGGUGAAGGUAAACCAAUCAUCGCUCUUCAAUCGAUGUCGAAAAAAGGUCAAAGCAAGAUUGUUCCCUACCUCAGUCAGGGAGCUGGAGUUGUCACAACCCGAUCCCAUGUACACUAUGUGGUUACGGAGAACGGUAUUGCUCAACUAUGGGGGAGGAAUAUGCGGCAAAGGGCAUAUGAACUCAUCAUGAUUUCUCAUCCAUCUCAACGUGAAUAUCUCGAAAAGGAAGCGUUCGAAAGAUUGAAGGUAGGGCUUUGA